AACGUCAUAGGCCGCUUUUGGGCAUUCUUGAAUGUGCCGUUUCAAACUGAAUCUGUAUAUUACAACUCCGCCCACUCGGUUUACUAGAUACUUAAAACUAACGCUCUUAAAAGGAGCGCUAAGUGACGCAGAUCAGCAGAGCGCUGCUAACGGUAAGCUAAGUCAACAGAAGGCUGUGUGUGUCGUAGAUCGCUGUUUGACAUUUUUAUCGGUUUGUAAAAUAGUCCUGGCCGGCUCGGGAAGCUCCGUUACAUUUUUCUCGUAUUUAUCUGGGAUGUAUGGAUGGAUAGUUGACGGAAUAUCGUCGCUGUUUGAGUCCGUUUCGGGGCAAAACCCCUCAGAGCUGCCCGGGAAAGGUAACGUAGCUGAGGAAGUGCCCACGCGACCUGCCGUGAAAGCGAGAGCACAGCAGCCAGAAAGCCACGGCAGACCGGCUAAACGGAACUAUCAGAGUGUUGAUGUUGAAGAUGGUGUGUGCCAAAGGGACCCAGUACAGGUUAAAAGGCGCAGGCGUGAUGUAGUCAUCAGCUUUGUGAAGAAGACCGUGGCUGGGGUAGCAGGUCUGCUCAGGCUGAGAAACCCGCUAAUCACCAGGUGUGAGAAGCCAAGACAGUAUGAAGAGCCACAGGCUGUGACUCUGAUGGGGAUAGAUGAGCUCCACACCUCUUGGCUGAACAGUUCUGAGUGGAGAAUGAAUAAACCAGUGGGUGGCAUAAAUGAGAGGGGUGGAAAGAAUCCCUUUCAGAAUUCUUCACCUCCUCUAGUGAGGAAAUACAGUGGGGCCGGGCUGUCUGCUGCUGGGCACCUUGACAGGGGUGUGGACCGGGAGAGGAGAAGCUCUCUCCAGCUACUGCCCUCUAGACCUGCUCUGAGGGUGGGAACCGCAAACCCUGAUCCAUUCUGCAAUGGCUUUGGAUACCAACGCUGCUACAAGCCCAGUCUCACUGUGGAGGAGACCAUAAAGCAGGAUGAAAAGGAGCGCUACAAGCGCCUGCUGGAAAUGGUAACAGAGAAAUACAACAAAAGUCAACCUCUGCCUUUCAUUCAGACAAAGCCACAUGAUGCAAAGCUGUUACAGAGUGAUCCCAAACCUGCUGCUCCUGGAAAAGUGACUGAACCAGUGAUCAGGAAGCCCGCUCCUGGACAAGUGACUGAACCAGUGAGCCGGAAAACAGGGUAUACAGCAGCUCCAGGUGUGUUUUCAUGGAGAAAUGCCUCUGCAGUGACAGACAGGCGCAGCAGCUUGACCUUCAGUAAAACAUUCAGUGGAGCUUUUGAGGAGACACAGCCUGUGAGAUGUACAAAGCCUGUGUUGCAGCAGAAACAAGCUGCAGAGUUGGACCUUUCUACAGAGGUUGCUACUCGCCUAAAUCUAGUAGACAGAGAGACUUCUGCAGCGACCAUCCCUGAAGCACACACUGCACACACCGCACAUUCAAGACAUGCUGAUGAGGAUAUACCUCGGCUGACAAAGGAGAUGGCAGCUGAGGUGAGCCGUGCUCUGGCUCAGAGUGAUCCCAACCUCGUUUUAAGUGCAGCUUUCAAACUACGCAUCACACAGAGAGACCUGGCCACGCUGCAGGAAGGUAGCUGGCUGAAUGAUGAGGUGAUCAAUUUCUACCUUUCCCUGGUCAUGGAGAGGUGCGCUGGAGAAGCAGCUGGACUCAAAGUCUACACCUUCAGCACCUUCUUCUUCCCGAAGCUGCGAGGUGGAAGAGGCGGACAGGCUGGCGGACACUCUGCAGUAAAGCGUUGGACCAAAGCAGUUGACCUUUUCCUCUAUGACCUCAUCCUGGUCCCUCUGCACCUAGGCGUUCACUGGGCUUUAGCUGUGAUCGAUUUUAAGUCAAAGACAGUGAAGUCAUAUGACUCAAUGGGCCAGAGACAUGAUGACAUCUGUAGUCUUUUACUACUCUACCUUAAAGAGGAGCACAAAGCUAAGAAAGGUAGAGAGCUGGACAGCACCAAAUGGACUUUCAGCAGCUUGAGAGCAAAUGAGAUUCCCCAGCAGAGAAACGGCAGUGACUGUGGUGUUUUUGCCUGUAAAUAUGCUGACUACAUUGCAAGGGGAAGACCUUUGACCUUCAAACAGUGCCACAUGCCUCUUUUCAGGAAGUUAAUGAUAUGGGAAAUCAUCAAUCAGCAGCUGCUAUAGAUGAUCACAACAAUCUCAUUAAUGACCUAACAUCAGUGGUGGAUGUGACACCUGUGUAGAGUUAGCAUGAUGAAGAAAAUGGGCCAAAGAACUGGACUUAAUGGACUGAAAUCGCACCCAGUCUAGCUGCUCUGGUCUGGAAAAAUCAAACACUAGUCUUAAGAGUUUCCCAACAGGAACGCAUUACAUUUUGUAAUCUCUGAGUUGUAAUUGGAGAAAUCUGGAUCUAAGAAUUGUAUGUCUUAUAUGAGCUUUGGCACUACUGACUGACUGGCUUUUUUAUUGACCUUUGAUUGUUAGUUUUUCUGUUUGAAGUUCUGCCUGAAGUGCCUUAAAUUAUCCAACACUUAGCUCAACUCAAAGCAAGCUCCUGUAUAGUUUGUGGAAUUAUUUUGUUAGCUACAAGUCAAGUCUGAGAGGUUUGACUCAAAAUUCAUUGAAAUAAUAGUUUGAGAGAUAUUUUGUGUUACAUUUGGCUCAGUUCAACCAGUGGAAAUUCAGAUACCUCUCUUAAAGUCCCUUCAGAGAACAGAAGUGCAUGGUCGAGUGCUAGUAUUUUCCUGUGUUUAUAUUAUUUAUGACUUGGCUGAAUGAGAACCUGUCAGUGUGAGUGCGUAAGUCCGUCCUCUUUGAGUGGAGCAUUGUUGCUGUAUCUCUUUAAUGUUAAAUAAAGGCACUGUAGGUCUGUGAAUAUUUGGAUUAGCAUAUUGCAGGAGGAUGUCUAGGGCUACAUUGACUUACAGUAUAGUAUACUGCCUAACAAACUACUGUACAGAUAUGCAUGUUUGAGGUCAUGCUAUAAAAAUGUGAUUUUUUUUUUCCCUCCAAUGUAAUAAAGUAUUUCUUUUGUAUUUA